AUGGCGUCGAUACCGAAGCAGACGAGCGAGGGAAUCGUGUAUCAUCCCGCGAAAACUAUGCCGGUCCCAGACCUUGACGUCUUGACGCUUCUGUUCGAAUCCAGGCAAACCUACAAGCCUGACGAUACUAUACUGCACGCGGAUGCUGCAGAUCCCUCAAACCAUCUGACCAAAGGACGGCUGCGUCAAGAACUCAAGAGGCUUGCCAAUGUCCUCCGUAACCAAUUUGGGAUCGGAGCUGAGGGCGCAAGUCAGGAUGUGGUCUUCACGAUCUCUACCGGUCACUAUCUGCUUCCCCUCAUGUUCUUUGGCACGGUAGCCGCCGAGGGCAUUUUCUCGUCGACUAGUCCUGGUGCCACGCCUGAUGAACUUGCUUUCCAACUAAAGCAGACGACACCUAAAAUUAUUCUAUGUAACCCAGAUACUCAGGGUGUUGCAAUUGCCGCUGCAAAGAAGGUCGACUUUCCCCUAAGCAAAAUCAUCUCGUAUAAAGGAGAAAAAGAGCUCGAGCUGUACGAGGCCGUCACCGGGGCAAAGAUCCCAAUCUCGAACCAGGAAAUGGAAUGGAGGAAAAUCACGAACCCCGUUGAACUUGAAAACAGCGUUGUCUGCCUGCUUUUCUCUAGCGGUACAACCGGUCUCCCGAAGGCGAUGAAACUUUCACAUCGCAACUUGAUUGCUGGAGGGACCUUGGCUCUAGAGCCCAUUAAAGAAUUCAACGCCGCUAACAGACCGAAGGACUUCAGGUAUGUCGGACUGGCACAUUUGCCUGUUGCACAUAUCGCUGGUGUGCAAGGCUACUUCAUCAAUUCGGUGUAUAUGGGUGGGACGCUCUACUGGAUGCCUAGGUUUGACUUCGUAAAGUUUUGCGAGUAUUUCAAGAAGUACAAGGCUACUUCAGGGUUCAGUGUGCCCCCUAUUUACCUCCUGAUUUCAAAAUCGCCCUUGGUUACGGAUCAAUUUGAUACAUGGGUCGAUGCAAUUGCAGGAGCUGCUCCAAUGGGCGAAGACCUGCAGGUAGAAGCAAGCAAGAAGCUAGGGAAGGGGAGUACUAAGUUACGACAAACAUGGGGUCUCAGCGAAACGACCGGAAGUAUCACCAUCGUUCCCAUAGACCGGUCCGAUCUAGCUCCAGGCACCGUAGGCAGCUUGGUUCCCAGCCAUUACGCCAAGCUCAUCGACGAAGAUGGAAAGUCCGUUGAGCAAGGCAAAGAGGGUGAAAUCCUGGUCCGUGGUCCCUUGGUCAUCAAGGGUUACUGGAAGAAUCCCAAGGCAGAUGCAGAAUCAUUCAAGGAUGGAUGGUUUCACACCGGCGAUAUCGGCGUCUUCCGCGAUGGUUGGCUCUACAUCGUGGACAGAAAGAAGGAACUUAUCAAAUACAAGGGCACGCAAGUAGCUCCAGCUGAAUUGGAAGCCAUCUUACUCUCCCAUCCAAAGAUUUUGGAUGCCGCCGUCAUUGGCGUAGCAGGGGAUGGUACAGAACUCCCGCGCGCAUACGUGGUUGCAGACCCUAAGCAGAUAUCUGCGGACGAAAUCAAAGGAUUUGUCGCCAAACAAGUUGCCAAAUACAAGCAGCUGAGAGGUGGGGUGGUCUUUAUACAGGCAAUUCCCAAGAGUCCAUCGGGAAAGAUACUGCGAAAAGACCUGAGGCUUCUGGCGAAGAAGGAAUCACAACCAGCCAAACUGUAA